CGUGCAGCUGGAGCCAUGGCGCGAGGUCUCGGUGUGCUGCUGCUGGUACUGCUCGGCCUCGCCGGCCUGGAGGCUACCACACGUUCCCCCAAAAUACAUGUGUACUCCCGCCACCCGGUGGAGAAUGGCAAGCCAAACGUCCUGAACUGCUAUGUGGAGGGGUUCCACCCCCCGAACAUUGAGAUCACCCUGCUGAAGAAUGCAGUUAAGGUGGAUGACAUGGAAAUGUCUGACCUUUCCUUCAGUGACGACUGGACUUUCCAUCGCCUGGUGAAUGCUCCGUUCACACCUAAUGGGAAAGAUACAUAUGAAUGCAAAGUGGUGCAUAGCACCCUUAAAGAGCCCAAGAAAGUUAGAUGGGACCCAGAUUAUUAACCUGCUUCUUAUAUGGUCUGAAGAACUCUGCCUUCCAAUCUAAAAUCAGCUUAAGCCCUACCCUGUUUUCUCUGCGCUCUUCACCCCCACGCUCAUUUUUGUAUUGGAGCUGAAUGUAUAGCUUUAAGAUGAUGCUAAAUAACUUGUUUGGGGGUGGUCUUCUGUAAUUAAUAAUCUGUUAGUGUGAAAUGUUAGAUUUGAGCCUUGGGCCCCCUGUGUAUGGCAGUGUGACAUUAGAGCUGGCCUCACACCAAAAUUCUCAAUCCUCUGCCUGGUUUGGGGGGGGAACCACUUGGGUAAUCUGGUAGUGGAUAUAUUAUAGAAUCAGGUCUUAUGCAAAGAUAAGCCAGUCUUGUAUUGGGCAGUCUGGCAGGUGUGCUACUGCUAGUUUAAACUGGCAGUUGUAAAAUAAAGACCCUGAGAUGUCUUUAGGAUUUAAGACCCACGGGUCCAGAGAGAGAUUGAACUGCAAAUUUGGAAGAUUUGUCUUUCCAGUAGCUCCAGAACAUGAGAGCUAUAACAAGGUCCCAGCACAACCUGCCUGUAGGCAGCACCAGUCCUUGCCAAGGAUGGGGGUAGAAUUGAGGGCUAUCGGCCUGAGUGCAACUCGUGUUGCCAAGCCCUUUUGGGUGAGCAGUAGUAGAGCUUUCAAGAACAACUCUUGGCUACAGCAUUUCUUACUAUAAAUGCCAAUCAAUAAAACUAUUGCCAGUUUAAAGCAAUAAAUCAGUGUGUGCAAGUCUGUUAAACAUUUUUGGACAAUCUAUAUGGAUUUGUUUUACUAAUUAAAAGGAGAGUGUAACACUUUGUAUGGUUCUUAAUUGUAUAUAAUGUUUUGUCUUAAAUAUAUUUAAAAAAAAUCAA